AUGUCAGCAUUCUUGAAUCCCGAGGACUUUGAAAUAGUCUGGGUCGUCCUCCCUGGUAGUGACCCGGAUAUACCUUAUUUCUUGCUUGACGAGCGAUACCCAGGCGAGUUUUCUUCAGAAGUCUGGUCUCACCAGAAUUGUCUCGAUGCGGGUAGGAUGUGCGGACGUGACGUCCUAAUAGCAAGAUUCUUUGAGGGACCACCCAUCAAUUUCCCAUACAAUCUCUUUAGCGAGAUGAGAAACAAAUUCCCGAAUCUUUUGUUGGGUCUCAUCGUUGGAAUCCAAGAAACAGUACCAGACCUGACGCAGAUCUUUUCGGAGGACGUCCGACUUGGCGAUCUGCUUGUUGGUCUCCUGAAUGGCGAAACCGCGGAAAGAACAGCAUACAGACUCAGCAAAGAAGCAGACCCGUCUUAUAAUGACGCAUCUUAUACACCUGAAAAGGGUCAAGCACGCGAGACGAUGAAUUCGAAUGUUCAAACGGCUAUCAGCGACAUCGAGUUGGAAGCACCAAGUGACACGCACAGGUUCUUCGACUAUUACGGAGCACUCAAGAUUAGAGGGUAUCAUUCUAAGAGGUUCAUUGACCCAGGGCAGAAUUUCGAUAUAUUGUAUCGUACCAAUGGGGACGGGAUUGAGAAGCGCGUCAAGGGGCGCGUCCCGAGAACCAGUCGGCAGCGCACCCGAGUGUGGCAUGGACCUGUUGACCCCGGAAAGUAUUAUGCGACUCAAGACCCUAAAUUUUGGGGUAUAUUCAAGGAAAAUAAAGACAUGGGGACUCGUCUCCCAGUGUAUGUGAUUCGGGGAAUUUGUAACUACGGCGAUGGGCAUGAUACUUCGAAGUGGAGGUCAUACGCGGCAGCCAUGGCGGGUGCUUAUGCCAAAGCGGUGCUCGACAAGAUCAGACCACGUGAACUAAAUAUUGCCAAUACAGCAUCAGGGUUUGAACGAGACGAUACUGAGCGAGCCGAUAACCUCCGGUCAAGAGCUGUUCAGCAACAGACCUCUCAAAUCGAUUCAACAUCUACAUCAUCACACAGCACUACAGGUAGAGUCGAGAAGGAAGAAGUGCCGCAGAACUUAUCCCCAGAAAUCGCGAGAUGGCCUAUGCUAUUUCCCAUUUUCCAUCGGUCGAUGCUCAUGGCAGUAGUGCUUGUAUUCGGCCUGCUAGGAGGUGCCAUGAUAACACUUGCGGUGAUCCAGACACGGGACCCUGUUUGCAAUCCAACAAGAGAUACACUGGUGACCGAUGACGGGUUUUGGACUAUGUUGAGCCAGUUAUGUUUCCUGGUUCUCACAAUCUACUGCACCCUCUACCCGGUUGUCCUUCGGAGCAAAAGACGAGAGGCCUUCAUCAACAAGUUCUGGUUCAUGGGUCUUCUACUCAUCAGCUUCAUGGCAGCCGGGGCCGCCGUGAUUACUUAUCCUUGGAAUUGGAAAGCUGCCACAAUCUUGUGGUGUGCUUCUAGUUUUGUUCAAGUUCUUUCCACAGCGCAACUAGCGAAUAGCUUGGAGCCAAUGACGGAUAAUGAGUAUCUGCCUCGGAGGGGAACGUUUGAGAUGGAGGAAUUACGUUCUAGAUGA